GGUGGGGGGGGGCGGGGGCGGGAGAGAGAGAGAGUGCGCCUUCAGUCAGUCAUCGCUCGGUGCAGCCCCGCCAUCCCCGGCCUCAGUAACUAGCUGAAGCAAGAUGUCGGCUAAAGCCAUCUCCGAACAGACUGCCAAAGAAUUCCUUUAUAAAUUCAUCAACACAAAGACUGGUGUCCAGAACAAGUUUAAAUAUGCCACUGUGCGACUGGACACUGACUGGGACCAGCUGGUACAGGAGAAUCCCUGGCUGCAAACCGAGCACCUGGUUGUGAAGCCAGACCAACUGAUCAAGCGCCGUGGGAAGCUGGGCCUGAUUGGCGUUAACCUGGAUCUGAAUGGGGUGAAGGAAUGGCUGAAGAAAUGGCUGGGCCAGGAGGCCAAGGUUGGAAAGGCAAACGGUAUCCUGAAAAACUUCCUGAUCGAACCAUUUGUACCUCAUGAACAGUUGGAAGAGUUCUAUGUCUGCAUCUAUGCUGAUCGUGAAGGUGACUACGUGUUGUUCCACCAUGAGGGUGGGGUGGACAUUGGCGACGUCGACUCCAAAGCUUUGAAGUUGCUGGUCGGGGUUGAUGGGAAGUUGACGAAAGAGAAAGUGAUCAAAACCCUACUACGUUGUGUGCCUGAGAGCCAGAAAAGUGUUCUGGCUACUUUUAUUGUUGGGCUCUUCACGUUGUAUGAAGAUCUAUACUUCACCUACCUGGAGAUUAAUCCUUUAGUGGUGAAUGAUAAAGGAAUCUUUGUCCUGGAUUUGGCAGCGAAGAUUGAUGCCACUGCUGACUACAUCUGUAAGGCCAAAUGGGGAGAUGUGGAGUUCCCACCACCGUUUGGGAGAGAAGCUUAUCCCGAGGAAGCCUACAUCGCAGAUCUUGAUGCAAAGAGUGGUGCCAGCCUGAAACUAACCAUUCUGAACCCCAAGGGCAGGAUCUGGACUAUGGUGGCAGGCGGUGGUGCAUCUGUAGUCUACAGUGACACGAUCUGUGAUCUGGGUGGAGUGGACGAGCUGGCGAAUUACGGGGAGUAUUCAGGUGCUCCCAGCGAGCAACAGACCUACGACUACGCUAAGACCAUUCUGUCUCUGAUGACAAGAGAACAACAUCCAGAGGGUAAAAUUCUUAUCAUUGGAGGCAGUAUUGCUAACUUCACAAAUGUAGCAGCCACUUUUAAGGGCAUUGUACAUGCCAUCAAGGACUACCAGACCCCUCUACAGGACCAUAACAUCUCCAUAUUUGUCAGACGAGGUGGGCCAAAUUAUCAAGAGGGGCUCCGUGUCAUGGGGGAAGUUGGAAAGACGACUGGAAUUCCAAUCCAUGUUUUUGGGACAGAAACACACAUGACUGCAAUUGUAGGAAUGGCCCUUGGACACCGCCAUAUCCCAGACUCCCCUCCCGUAGCUGCUCACACGGCCAACUUCCUCCUGAAUGCCAGCGGAAGUCCCUCAACCCCAGUCACUAGCAGAACAGCUUCUUUCUCUGAAUCAAAACCAGAGGACACCAACAAAGCAGCUAAGCCUUUGAAGCAAAGUAUAAAGCAUGAACCUCGGGCGACCCAAGAAAAUCAGAGAGAGCCUCGGAAUCGUAAAUGUGUGCCCUCAAAAGGUAAAGCCCCCACUCUCUUCAGCCACCACACCAAGUCUAUUAUUUGGGGCAUGCAGACCCGUGCCGUGCAGGGAAUGUUAGACUUCGACUACGUCUGCUCACGGGAUGAGCCAUCCGUCGCAGCCAUGGUUUAUCCAUUCACCGGUGAUCAUAAACAGAAAUUUUACUGGGGUCACAAAGAGAUCCUUGUUCCCGUCUACAAGAACAUGGGUGACGCCCUGAAGAAGCAUCCGGAAGUGGACGUCCUCAUCAACUUUGCCUCGUUACGGUCCGCGUACGACAGCACAGUGGAAACGAUGACCUUUCCCCAGAUCAGGACAAUCGCCAUUAUUGCUGAAGGUAUCCCUGAAGCACUGACCAGGAAACUCAUCAAAAUGGCAGAUGAGAAAGGUGUCACGAUUAUUGGGCCAGCGACAGUGGGUGGCAUAAAGCCUGGCUGCUACAAGAUCGGCAACACGGGAGGAAUGCUCGACAACAUUCUGGCCUCCAAACUCUAUCGCCCCGGCAGUGUGGCGUACGUCUCGCGCUCCGGUGGAAUGUCCAACGAACUCAACAACAUCAUCUCCAGAACGACCGACGGCGUCUAUGAAGGUGUCGCUAUCGGUGGAGAUCGCUAUCCAGGCUCCACAUUUAUGGAUCAUGUCUUCCGUUACCAGGACACCCCUGAAGUUAAAAUGAUUGUUGUUCUUGGGGAGAUUGGUGGAGCAGAAGAGUACAGGAUUGGCAAAGGGAUUCAGGAGGGACGUAUUACCAAGCCUGUUGUUGCUUGGUGCAUUGGCACAUGUGCUACUAUGUUUAGUUCAGAGGUGCAGUUUGGGCAUGCGGGUGCCUGUGCCAACGCAACCUCUGAGACCGCAGUGGCCAAAAACAAGGCUCUGAGAGAAGCCGGAGUCUUUGUACCAAGAAACUUUGAUGAGCUUGGAGAAGUCAUCAAGUCUGUUUACGAUGACCUUGUUGCUAAAAGUGUGAUCGUUCCUGCACAAGAAGUUCCUCCUCCCACGGUGCCGAUGGACUACUCUUGGGCAAGGGAGUUGGGUCUGAUCCGUAAGCCAGCCUCCUUCAUGUCCAGCAUCUGUGAUGAGAGAGGCCAGGAACUCAUCUACGCAGGAAUGCCCAUCACUGAAAUCUUCAAAGAGGACAUGGGCCUUGGAGGUGUCCUGGGUUUGCUCUGGUUCCAAAGGAGAUUGCCUAAACCCGCCUGCCACUUUAUUGAGAUGUGCCUCAUGGUGACUGCUGACCAUGGACCAGCGGUCUCAGGGGCUCACAACACUAUCGUCUGUGCCCGAGCGGGGAAAGAUCUCAUAUCCAGCCUGACUUCGGGUCUGCUUACUAUUGGCGACCGGUUCGGAGGAGCAUUAGAUGCAGCCGCCAAACAGUUCAGCAAUGCCUUUGACAGUGGCCUCAUUGCCAUGGACUUUGUCAACAAGAUGAAGAAGGAAGGAAAACUGAUUAUGGGGAUUGGACACCGGGUGAAAUCGAUCAAUAACCCAGAUAUGAGGGUUCAGAUCCAAGACUACGUGAAGCAGAACUUCCCUGCCACCCCGCUCCUGGAUUACGCACUGGAAGUGGAGAAGAUCACCACCUCUAAGAAACCAAAUCUCAUCCUAAACGUUGAUGGUUUUAUUGGUGUGGGCAUGGUUGACCUAUUAAGAAACUGUGGUGCAUUUACAAGGGAGGAGUCUGAUGAAUAUGUGGAGAUCGGCGCUCUGAAUGGCAUCUUUGUUUUAGGAAGGAGUAUGGGCUUCAUUGGACACUAUCUGGAUCAGAAGCGAUUGAAACAAGGAUUAUAUCGUCACCCAUGGGACGACAUAUCUUAUGUUUUGCCAGAGCACAUGACCAUGUGAACAUUGGGUCAGCUCGGAGGGUCUCCGUCCACCCCUGGUGUGUGUCCUCCCCCUUCCCCUCCCCCCCCCUCCAAAAAAAGAUGUUUGCCUUUCCCUCUUGCACACUGAAGUUGCUCGGGUGGGAAGGAGUCUCCUGGUCAAUUAUCCUGAUGAAUUGUGUACACGAUGUGCUCUCAGAAGCUCAACGCAGAUUUUAAAGAGAGGAAUGAAAUGAGUGUGGUUCUGAGACCCAUUAUGAAGAAGUAGGAUCUGAAGUGUGAAUGGGAGAAGCCAAAGCGUGGCGUGGCUCUGGGAUCUCGUACAAUACAAUACAAAUCAGAGGCUCUCAGUACACGCUCUGCAUUGCUAUUGCAGCAGUACAGCGGAAUCCCAAAGUGUCUCUUCCCAAGAACACUGACCCAAACAGGCAGCAGCUCGUUGGGUUGAGGGUGCAUUCCCAUUAAAUGCUUUGGAUUUUCGCAGAAGCUGGUAAUGUGGAGAUCGAGAGGGCAGAUUGUCAUGUCUCAGUUGAGGCCAUUGGACACGUAAGGUAACCAAAUACACUUGAGUUCCGCUGUACCUGCUCCCAAUAGAAUUCCAUCUCAUCACCCUGCUCAAUUGUAAACCUGCUGGACUUAAUGUAACCAGGCUUGUGUAAGCUUAUUUAAGGGACCAUUUGUACUUCAUCUGCUGUCUAUGGAUUUACAAAUUGCUGGACGGCAUUUUAAAACUAGAUUAGGAAAUGGGUAUGUGUUUCUUGUUGAGGGUUUGGGAGUGAGGAAGAAAGAUCCUGUGUCAGAAAUGCAGUCCGUCUUCUCAAGUGAGCCUUUUAGUCUAACCACAUGCACUGUCUGACCUGCCUUUGUGUUUCUGUAUUUGAAGGUACCCAUGCUUCGAUAAUAUAACCAAAACUCUAGCUUGUGUCUUAGUAUAAAUUAAAGUGUGUAACUUAUUGGG